CGCUCAUCCAACAACACCCUCGCCCUCGACUUCGUUGCGCAACAAAAGGCCACAAGCAAUCUACUGCGCCCUCAGGAAAAUCUAUAUACAGAAAGUCACAACAGUUCCGCCAUCGACAACCACUCGAUAUGUCUCGCCAUCAUCCCGAUUUAGUAAUGUGCCGCAAGCAAGCUGGCAUCUCUAUCGGCCGCCUAUGCGACAAAUGCGAUGGCAAAUGCCCCGUCUGCGACUCCUACGUGCGCCCGACAACCCUAGCGCGCAUCUGCGACGAGUGCUCCUUCGGCAACUACCAGAACAAAUGCGUCGUCUGCGGUAGUGAAGGUAUCUCAGAUGCUUUCUACUGCUUUGAGUGCACGCGCCUAGAGAAGGACCGUGAUGGUUGUCCGAAGAUCAUCAAUUUGGGUAGUAGUAGGACCGAUCUGUUUUAUCAGAAGAAGAAUUUUAGGAAUCAUUGAUGCAUGGGGAAGGCUAGGCCUACAGUAUUUAUUUAUUCAAGAGAUGGGGAUGGGGGCCAUGUCUGAGCUGCAGAUGAAGAGAUUCAGGGUUUCGAGAGGGGGCACAGCGUAAAGUAGAGAAGGAGCAGCAGAAAAUCUGCUACUAGCAAGGCGUUCUGGAGUCACAGCCUGAGGAGACAGUCUGGGCGGGGGAAAGUCGUCUACGAUAUUACGAUACAGAGUUGCGAAUGGUAAUCUUGCCACCUCUUGUAUCAUGAGGCUCUGCUGACAUAACGCAAGAUUGAGUCACUGAAGUCUCACUUAGAUAGCAAUCCAUCACAGAGAUACCCCCAAAAACUG